AUGGCUAUGAACCUUGAUAUGGCCAAUGCGGCCGUGAUGAAGGACGAGCAAGGCCGCCCCUUCAUCGUUGUCAGAGACCAAGGAAAGAAGAAGAGACAAUAUGGCAACGAAGCCGUCAAGAACCACAUCCUCGCCGCCAGAACGGUCGCGAACAUCGUCAAGACUUCCCUGGGUCCCCGCGGCCUCGACAAGAUCCUCAUCUCCCCCGAUGGAGACAUCACAGUUACAAACGACGGCGCCACGAUUCUGCAACAGAUGGAGAUCUCAAACCACGUCGCUAAGCUGUUGGUGGAGCUUUCAAAGUCUCAAGAUGACGAGAUUGGUGAUGGUACAACCGGUGUCGUCGUGCUUGCUGGUGCCCUCCUUGAGCAGGCGGCAGAGCUGAUCGACAAGGGAAUUCACCCCAUCCGCAUUGCGGACGGAUACGACCAGGCUUGCGACAUCGCCGUGUCGGAGCUUGACAAGAUUUCAGAUGUCAUCGAGUUCAGCAAAGAAGAGACAGGAAACCUGCUGAAGGUUGCACGAACAAGUUUGGGCAGCAAGAUUGUUUCCAAGGCGCACGACCAGUUCUCUCAGAUCGCAGUGGAUGCUGUCCUCUCCGUUGCCGACCUGGACCGGAGGGACGUUGACUUUGAGCUGAUCAAGGUCGAUGGCAAGGUCGGAGGAGCUUUGGAGGACACCAUGCUCGUCAAGGGCGUCAUUAUCGACAAGGAUUUCUCCCACCCCCAGAUGCCUUCCGAAGUCAAGGACGCCAAGAUCGCCAUUCUUACCUGCGCCUUCGAGCCCCCUAAGCCCAAGACCAAGCACAAGCUUGACAUCACCAGCGUCGAGGAGUACAAGAAGUUGCAGAGCUACGAACGCGAGAAGUUUAUUGAGAUGAUUCAACAGAUCAAGGAUGCCGGUGCCAACUUGGCUCUUUGUCAGUGGGGUUUCGACGAUGAGGCGAACCACCUGCUGCUCCAGAACGACCUGCCUGCCGUGCGGUGGGUUGGAGGACCGGAGAUCGAGUUGGUGGCUAUUGCGACAAACGGUCGUAUCGUGCCGCGGUUCGAGGACCUCAAGCCCGAGAAGCUCGGAACUGCAGGUAUCGUCAGAGAAAUGACCUUUGGCACAACAAGAGAGAAGAUGCUGGUCAUCGAGGAGUGCGCCAACACCCGCGCGGUGACCGUCUUUGUGCGCGGUAGCAACAAGAUGAUCAUCGACGAGGCGAAGCGCUCCCUCCACGAUGCCUUGUGUGUCGUGCGCAACCUUGUCAAGGACAACCGCGUAGUCUACGGUGGUGGUGCUGCCGAGAUCGCCUGCUCAUUGGCAGUCGAGGACGCCGCCGCCAAGACGCCUGGCCUUGAGCAAUACGCCAUGCGCGGAUUUGCCGAGGCUCUCGACGCCGUCCCGAUGGCCCUGGCCGAGAACAGUGGUCUCAACCCCAUCGCGACGCUGGCAGACAUCAAGAGUCAGCAGGUCAAGGCCGGCCCUGGAGUCCGUGGCAAGCUCGGUGUCGACUGCAUGCAGCGCGGCAGCAAUGAUAUGAAGGAUGCGUUUGUCAUUGACCCCCUUAUCAGUAAGAAGCAGCAACUCCAGCUCGCGACGCAAUUAUGCCGUAUGGUCCUGAAGGUUAACAACGUCAUUGUUGCUGGGUCCGGGGAGGAAGACUUUUAA